UUAAUCCCACACAAGUUUCUCUUUAGCCGUAAGAGCAAUCAGACGACAAGCGCAAUAUCGAUGGAGGAUCUCGGGUUCAAGAGGCUAAUGGCAAUGGCGGCAAUGUUGGUGUUAAUUCUCGGUGCAUCCGCGGCACAAGUGCAGAGUGAUAAUUCUUGUUUUGAUGAUUGUAUCUCGGAUUGUGCUGAUAGCCGUAUCCCAGGUUGUUACGCCAAAUGCGUAGCCGCACAUCAUUGUCAUCACUCUUUGAGUACUCUUCUUGGUCACUGUGAGCUUGGAUGCAAAAUCACCAAGUGCAUUGGCUUGAGAUCGGUUGCCAAGGAGCUUGGAGUAUGUGCAAAUGCAUGCUCGAAAGAUUGCAAAGCAACUUAUAAUAUUCCGCAUUGAAAGUCGUGACCAUGUUAUGUACUCGAUAAUAAGAAUGAGUUAAUGAGUCAAUGAAA